AUGCCCCUGGCCACACACCAUGCCCCUGGCCACACACCAUGCCCCUGGCCACACACCAUGCCCCUGGCCACACACCAUGCCCCUGGCCACACACCAUGCCCCUGGCCACACACCAUGCCCCUGGCCACACACCAUGCCCCUGGCCACACACCAUGCCCCUGGCCACACACCAUGCCCCUGGCCACCAUGCCCCUGGCCACCAUUCCCCUGGCCACACACCAUGCCCCUGGCCACCAUGCCCCUGUCCACCAUGCCCCUGGCCACACACCAUGCCCCUGGCCACACACCAUGCCCCUGGCCACACACCAUGCCCCUGGCCACACACCAUGCCCCUGGCCACACACCAUGCCCCUGGCCACACACCAUGCCCCUGGCCACCAUGCGCCUGGCCACACACCAUGCCCCUGGCCACCAUGCCCCUGGCCACACACCAUGCCCCUGUCCACCAUGCCCUCUGAUGUAUUCACUGGGUUUGAACAACAUUGA